UAUAUAGAUCUUGAGGACCCCAUGACCGAUGCUCUAGUUAAUGACAAGCCAGAGUUUGUUCGGCUCUUUGUUGAAAACGGGCUGAACGUGUUUCGCUACCUGACCCCCGAGCGCCUCGAGGAACUGUACUCCACCCUCCCCGAGAACUGUCUGGCCAGGCAGCUGCUGCUCCUGCGGAAAGCGAGGGACCCCCACCGGCACCCCCAGCCCUCCCUGAAGGAAGGGGGUCCCCCUGACAAGUACAAGGACAAAGUCAGGGACAAGGUGUCCCUGCACGAAGUGUCCCAUCUGCUGAAGGACCUCCUGGGGGACGUGUGUGAACCCCUGUACCCCAAAACUCCAGAGAACAGCAAGACAGGAGGGAAGCCCCGCAUCUCUCUCACUCCCUGGAUCAGCUUGUUUAUCUGGGCUGUGCUUCAGAACCGAGCCAGAAUGUCCGAGUACUUCUGGGAGAUGUGCAGUGAAUCAGUCCACUCCGCGCUCGCUGCCUGUAAGCUGUUGAGGGAACUCUCUCGUAUCGAGACGGAGGCUGAGAGCAAACAAGCCAUGAAAGAGCUGGCAGCCAAGUUUGAACUGAGAGGCCAUGAUGUAUUCAGUGAAUGCUACAGGAACAGUGAGAGUCGAUCCUUCACUCUGCUCAUCAGAAGGAGUCCAGUUUGGGGGAAAGCGACCUGCCUUCAACUCGCUACUGUGGCGGACGCCAGACAUUUCUUCAGUCAGGACGGGGUCCAGACUCUCCUCAAUCAGAUCUGGUGGGGAGACAUGGAGAGAAACACAGCGAUCUGGAGAUUGCUGCUCACCUUCUUCUGCCCUCCCCUCAUCUACACUGACCUGAUCACCUUCAGAGACCCAGAGGAGGAAGGGAAGUCCGAGGAACCCCCCCUUCAUGAGAGGGAGAGCAUCGACAUGGAGACCAUCUUCUCAAUGAAGGAGAUCAUCAACAGUGAUGAAGACGAGGAUCUAUACCGUGCCUUACAGCACAGCGACACAGACCCCUCCUUCUCCUCCCAGCCCCCCAAGCCCCGUCAGAAGCCCUGCCCCUCCCUGCUGACUCGCUGGAAGAAGUUUUGGUUCGCUCCCGUGACGGCCUUCCUCGGGAACCUCGUGAUGUAUUUCUGCUUCCUCUUCCUCUUCUCCUUCGUCAUCCUCGUGGACUUCCCCCCCGCCUCCCCCCGCGGGACCCUCAACUCCGAGAUCGUGCUCUACUUCUGGGUCUUCACCCUGGUGUGCGAGGAGAUCCGACAGAGUUUCUUCAUCGUUGGAGACAAGAGUGUGAUGAAGAAGGCAAGGCAGUACUGCCAGGACAUGUGGAACAGAUUUGACAUGACGGCCAUCUCACUGUUCAUUAUAGCAGUGACCUGCAGGAUGUUUGAAUGCUCCUAUGAUUUUGGACGCACGGUGCUCUGUCUUGAUUUCAUGGUCUUCACUCUGCGUUUGAUUCACAUCUUCGCUGUUCACAAGCAACUCGGACCCAAAAUCAUCAUCGUGGGGAAAAUGAUGAAGGAUGUCUUCUUCUUCCUCUUCUUCCUGGCCGUGUGGGUCAUGGCGUACGGAGUCACGACUCAGGGGCUCCUGUAUCGCGCCGAGUCCCGCGUGGAGUGGAUCUUUCGCCGGGUUUUCUACCGACCGUACCUCCAUAUCUACGGACAAAUCCCGCUGGAGCACCUGGACGCGACUCGACUGAUGCCCACGAACUGCACUGAAGACCCCACGGAGAUCGGAGACCUGCCGCCCUGCACCAACACAUACGCAAACUGGCUGGUCAUCCUGCUGCUGGUCAUCUACCUGCUGGUGACCAACGUGCUGCUGCUGAACCUGCUGAUCGCGAUGUUCAGCUACACGUUCUCUAUAGUCCAGGUGAACAGUGACAUCUACUGGAAGUUCCAGCGUUACAAUCUCAUCGUGGAGUAUCACAGCCUCUCUCCUCUCUCCUCUCUCUCUCCUCUCAGCUACACGUUCUCUAUAGUCCAGGGGAACAGUGACAUCUACUGGAAGUUCCAGCGUUACAAUCUCAUCGUGGAGUAUCACAGCCGCCCCGCCCUCGCCCCUCCCUUCAUCAUCAUCAGCCACCUGAACAUCUUCAUCAAGAGGAACAUCCGCAGAGUGGAGUCCGUGAAGAGGAGACACUUCAUGCUGGAUCUGAAGUCUCGCACAGAUGCUCUCCUGCUCACGUGGGAGGGGGUUCAGAAGGAGAACUUCCUGGCUCAACAGCAGAGGCUGAAGAGAGAGAGUGACUCGGAGCGGCUCAAACGCGCCUCCGUCAAGAUGGACAAUGUUUUGAAACACAUGUCUGAAAUCAAAGAUCACAACAGGAGACUCAAAGCCCUGGAGUCUGAGUUGGAGUACUGCAGUAGCGCCCUCUCCUGGAUGGUGGAGGCGUUUACAGAGAGCAACUUAAUCAAAAGCUCUCGGCCGCCCCCAACUCUGAGAGAUCGUGACACCGCGGUGGAACUGAGAGGACCGGAGUGACAGACGGACGGACCAAAAACUCACUCAGGAA